AACACACUAAUUUGUAAUUUGAAGUUCACGGAGUGUAGACGCAGUCAUGGCGCCGAAAGGAGCGGAGUACAUCGAAAUAGCCAACCAACGGGCUAUCGAGAAAAAGACUCAUGUAACGUUCCCUCAACUCAAGUACCCAUCGUUAAGGGAUACCGGUAUAAAGGACUCGGUACAAUGGCUGGAGGGGAAGGCGAUGGAUGACGGGGCCGAGGGGUUAUGGCGUGUGCAUAAUGGUCUAUACGAUUUAGAUGCGUUUAUCAACAAACAUCCUGGUGGCACGGAUUGGUUGGAGCUUACUAAGGGUACUGAUAUCACAGAAGCAUUCGAGUCUCAUCAUUUUACCAAAUCUGUAGAAACCAUUUUAGCAAAAUACUACGUAAGAGACGCAAAAACGCCAAGGAACUCUCCGUUCACUUUCGAAGAAAAUGGAUUUUACAAGACACUGAAAAGAGCUGUUAUUGAAGAAUUACCGAAGAUUCCAAAAGAUGUUCCCAAAAAGUCGGACAGGAUUAUAGAUAGCUUAUUUGGAGCCUAUUUACUUUUAGCAGCUUUCUCGUGCUAUACAAAAAUACCCGUACUGGCGACUGCGUCGUGGAUGCUUGCUUCACUUAUGCUCGCGUGGACAGUAAUUGCAUCUCAUAAUUACAUACACAGGAAAACAAAUUGGAGGAUGCACCUUUUUUCAAUGUUCAUGUGGUCUUACCGGGACUUCAGGGUAUCGCACGUGCUAUCCCAUCAUCUGUAUCCUAAUACUCUAAUGGAUUUGGAAAUCAGUGCUUUUGAGCCUUUGGUAUACUGGAACCCAAGAAAAGACAAGCCCUUCUUAUCGAGAUACUUCGCUUUUUUUAUUGAACUUUUUUACUUCCCCUUUGCUGGUUUCGUCUACUUCUUUAUAAGGAACUUAUCGGCAAUAUUCCGAAAAGACUAUUACAAGAAGCACUGGCGCAUCACGGAUUUGGUCGGUCUUCUGGUGCCACUAUGGAUGUGGGUGGUCAGCGGAGCUACGUUCUAUCACGCGUUUACCACUUGGUUGUGUAUAAUUUCGGGUGCGAGCUUGAUCUUCUACAAGAUUGGUUCAAAUGCAGCCCACCACCACCCUGAUAUUUGGAAAGAUGGCGACCAGCCCAGCUACAACACGGAAACUCCGGACUGGGGCGUCCACGAGCUGGAAGCUGUCAUGGACCGUAAGGACAUCAACAGUGGCCACUUCACAGUGAUGACGUUCUUCGGCAACCACGCGCUGCAUCAUCUCUUCCCAACUUUGGACCACGCGACACUCACACACCUGUACCCCAUGUUCAUUGAAUACGCUAAGAAAUUCAGAGCCAACUUCAAACAGUCGACCCAAUUUGAUCUGUUCAUCGGACAAUACAAAUGCGCUUAUACGACAGAGUAUAAAAUUCAUGACAAGAAAGAUGAUUAGACUAUUGUUAAAGCUGUCCAUAAGAUUGUACUAAGUGUACUUUUUUUAAUUGUAUAAAUAAAUGAUUAAAUAUUUUU